CACAAACAACAAGAAGAGCAGCGACUGGGAGCCAGCAGACACAUACUGAUACGCAGCAGCGACCGUUGGAGGAGAGGGAAAAAUAAUAAAUAAAAUACAGAGCACGACUUUCUGAAAGUACGAUUCUGUCGAAUGAAUACGUUUACAGUGUUUAAAGAGACCAAUGCAUGCGAUAUAUUGGCUGUAGACACGCCGUGCAGACAACCAGUCUGGUAGCUAUAAACAGUGAAGUGGUGCAAAGGGAGGAGGACAGGAAAUAAAGGAGUUACCUGGAGGGUGUCCGUCAAUCCACAUUUCAGUUGGAGCGAGAGAAAAAGGCACGGAGGGAGAGAGAGAGAGAAAGGAGAAGCGGAGUGCGAGUCGCGUCUGCUCUUGGCAGCUGUUCCAGCAGCCUGUUUCAUUAUUUUGGCUGUUAUUUCGUUCCUGCGUUACCUUUUUUGAUGAAUCAGUUCAUAUUUUUAACUUUAAUGUGAGAUAUAACUGCUGUAAAAAAAAAGAAAAAAAAAGAAAAAAAAAGCAAGAAAACAGAAAACAUUAUUACUAGCAAGAGUGUUUUUAUUUUUGUUCCAUCAUUAAUUUCCAAGGUUCUUUUUGUUUCUUAUUUUAUGUUUAACAACCUUUUUCGGCUGUGAGUAGCAGGAGCUUCCAUUCUCCAAACGAACCCCCUUCCUUACCUAGUUAGGACCUGAUAACCUGGUAUUCCUCAAGCACCUGAAACUGGCAGCUAUUCUCUUUGUGUCUGUGUGUUUGGGGAGCCCUGUGACCACAGCUUAAGCACCACUCAGCCUUCUAGUCACCUAAGCCUAACUAAAGCCAGCCAGCUCUAGCCUGGUCCAGCCCAGUCCAGCCUGCUCCGAUCUUCUGGACAGGAUACUCAGUUCUGUGUGGACGUGAGGAAUAUGACUGCUGAGACUCUUAACUUCGGCCCAGAAUGGCUCCGUGCACUGUCCAGUGGGGGGAGUGUGACGUCCCCCCCUCCUUCCCCCGCCAUGCCAAAGUACAAGCUGGCCGAGUACCGCUACGGCCGAGAGGAGAUGUUAGCACUUUAUAUCAAAGACAACAAGGUCCCAGAGGACAUGCAGGAUAAGGAGUUUGCUGCUAUUCUGCAAGAUGAGCCCAUGCAGCCACUGGCACUGGUGCCUCUCACUGAGGAGGAGCAGAGGAACUUCUCCAUGUCUGUGAACAGUGUGGCGGUGCUGAGGCUCAUGGGAAAAGGGGUGGGAGGGGCUGCCCCAGCCGGAGUGGUCCGAGGACGAGGGGCCACACGAGGUGGUCGAGGACGAGGUCGUGGUGAAGGUGGAUUCUACCAAAGAAGUAUUGAAGAUGUGGAGGUGGGUUUCGGCCGCAGCGUCCGAGAGAUACACCGCAGCCAGAGCUGGGACGACCGGGGUGAGCGUCGAUUUGAGAAGCCACUGCGGCGGGAGGUGGGGCGUCCUGGCUUUGAGGAAGCUGGAGGUCCCGGGGGUCCGGGUAGGAAGGAGUACACAAGGGCUGACAGCGAUAACUGGCGCACCCUCCGUGAGGAGCAGGAGGAGGACGAGGGGGAGCCGGGCAGCAACUGGAGACUGGCUGGACCCCGCAGGGAUGAUGGUGGUCCUCGCUCAGCAGGCUGGCGGGACCAUGGUGGUCCAGGCGAGAGCCGUCGCAGGAAGUUUGAUUUUGACUUCCGGGACUCGGAGGGUCAUGGUGGUGGUCGCCGUCGUGCAGGCAGUGAGGGAAUGGAGGACGACAGGGACGGCCUGCCUGAGUGGUGUACAGAUGAGGAGGAUGGGGAGAUGGGCACGUUUGACUCCUCUGGAGCUUUCAUGCCUAUGAAGAAGGGUGGCAAGGAGACAAUCCUGGAGGAGGAGUUGGAGUUUAAGGGGAUAGAGGAGGAGGAAGAGGAGGAGAGUCUUGCUGACACAGAGAGGAGCAGUGCUGAAGGAGACAAAGACAAAGAGAGCAAAGAAAGCGGCUCUGCUGUGGUUGACGGUGAGGUAAAGCCAGUGUCACCUUCUUCUUCUCCUCCAACACACUGUACUCCUCCAUCUCUGGAGCUCCAACCAAGCAACGCAGGCCCAUUGGUGGAGAACACUCAGCUGAGCAACAGCCACCCUGUCAAGGCCAACAGCACGCCUGGUGAAGAUGUGGCUCCAGUAGGGGGCUCCAAGGCCCAGCUCAGCCCUAGCACCACCACCUCUUCCAGUCUGCCUCCCCCACCUCCUUCCUCUGCUGCUCCUCUCCUCCCUCCAUCUGGAGGAGACACUGAGGACGAUGAGGGCAUGAAGCACCUGCAGCAGGAGGCAGAGAAGAUGGUGGCAUCACUGCAGGACACCUCUUUGGAGGAGGAGUGUUUCACCCAGGCUCUGCAGCAGCAGGAGAGCAGGAACACAGCAGCCGCUCUACCGCUGUCUCAUGAGGCUGCCAUGAAGUGGUUCUACAAGGACCCACAGGGAGAGAUCCAGGGUCCUUUCACCACGGUGGAGAUGUGUGAGUGGUUCCAGGCUGGCUACUUCACCAUGACCCUGCUGGUGAAGCGGGGCUGUGACGAGGGCUUUCAGCCCCUGGGGGACGUCAUCAAGAUGUGGGGCCGCGUGCCCUUCGCCCCAGGGCCCUCACCGCCGCCCCUGCUGGUGAGACAGCCACCAACAACGCAGCGCCCGCAGCCCACCCGGGGGCCCGCUGGGACUGGAAACCUGGACCAGGAGCGCCUGAAAAAGCAACAGGAGCUGGCAGCAGCAGCUCUUUAUCAGCAGAUCCAACAGCAGCAGCUAUUCCAGCUCAUUAACAGGUGCAGUGAGCAGGGUAUGAUGCCUUCGAUGAACAGGUCGAUGUCAGUGCCAGAUACAGGGUCCAUGUGGGACAUGCAUACCUCAGCUUCACAGCCAUCAGGCGGUGAAGCCAGUCUUUGGGACAUAACAAUGAAUCCUUCUACUCAGGGUCCAACUCUCGAACAGCUUCAAAAGCUCCAGCAGGAGAGGCGAGACGCUGAACUCAGGGCGAAGCGUGAGGAGGAGGAGCAGCGCAAGAGGAGGGAGGAGAAGAGGAGGCAACAGGAGGAGCAGAAGAGGAGGGAGGAGGAGGAGCUCUUUAGACGCAAGCAGUGUCGUCAGCAGCAGGAACUGAUCAUGAAGUUGCUGCAGCAGACCCCCCAGCAGCAGGGUCCUGGGGCAGGCGGCUCAGGCUGGAGUGGGGGCCCCUCCUCCGGGCUCACCAAAACAGGAAAGUCCCCGGCUCUCACUCUGCUGGAAAUGCAGCAGGAGGCAGAGAGGCUCCUGAAGCAGCAGCAGCAGCAACAGAGAGCCCAGCAGCAGAGAGACCGCCACCCCGGCAUGUCGAUGGGGAGCUCCUCCAUGGGAGGCCAGUGGGUGGAGGGUGUUGGCAUGUGGGGCGGGCCUGGUAUGGAGGGCAAAAGUGGCAGUGGAGGCUCUUCAGGCAGCAUGGGCAUGUGGGAUGAGGCUGUGAAGAACCAGGCCGGCCUGCGUGGCAACAGCAACAACAACAUGGGCUUGAAGAACAGCCGCAGCAGCCCGUCACUCAGUGAUCAGUACAUGAUGCGUCGUAAGCGGACUGAAGAGGAGGAGAAGCUGCUGAAGCUGCUGCAGGGCAUGAAGCCUCAGGAUGGCUUCACCACUUGGUGUGAACAGAUGCUGCACGCUCUCAACACCUCUGCCAACAACUCUUCCUCCUCUCUGGAUGUUGCCACAAUUGUGGCAUACCUGAAGGAGGUGGAGUCUCCCUAUGCAGUGCUGGACUUCAUCCGGUCCUACCUAGGGGACACAGUGGAAGCCAAAGAGUUCGCCAAACAGUUUCUGGAGCGACGUGCCAAACAGAAAGCCAACCAACAGAGACAGCAGCAACAGUUAUCAAAGGAAGUGGCUGGACUGAACAUGAACUUCCCUCUGCAGGACUCAAUGCGAGGUAUGAAUCCAAGCACCCUGCAGUCCAUGUUUCAGGCCAACCACAUGGGCAAGGCUGGUCUCUACGACAACCAGGGGGGAAAGAUGAAAAAGAAACAGCCCAUGAUGCUGCACUCUGACCCCAGCAUCUUAGGGUACUCAUUCCACAACACGGGCGAGUGUCUGAGCCUGAAUGAGAUGGAGAUGGUGGAGGAUUACUGAUGUGACGCAGCGCAGCAGCAAUAGCUACCUGAGGCCUUCUGUCUUUUAAUCAGACAAACCUGAUGACGAAUGUGCACUGCUGGGGGAACCAGGGGUGGGGGUAGGAAGGGAGCGUGCGUGAGGGGAGGUGCAGGGUGGAGGCGCCUGGAUCUGCGCCUCCCAUUCUUUCCUUCCCUCUGGAUAGAAAAAAGGGCUCCCUGCUGCACCAGUUGAUCACUUGAGCAGGGGAGAAGGGGGUGAGGAGGGGUGAGGUUAAAAAGGAAGAUGGGUAUCCUCUGGCACUCAAAAGAUUAAGCACCUUAUACUGAACUAAUGCACUUUAUUGAGAUGGGAUUUGAAUAGUUUUUUUUUCAUGUGUGUGUAUGUAUGUGUGAGUGUUUGGAAUCAGUGCGCAUACAGUAUGUGUACAUACACAUCCUCUGUGUGCAUGUGCAUCGGAACUGGAAGGGGGCGGUGAAACAGUCGGUGGGGUGAAUGGUCGGGCUGUUAGGUUUUCAAAGUCAGGGGGACCUUUAGUUGAAACCUUAUCAGAAAGCAAAUCCUUUCUCGAAAGACAAACACUGUUGAUAUUGCUCUUGUUUAGCAUUUUUUUACGUUUAUAUAAAAAGUAAAGCUAUUGAAAAAUGGAUUAUAAAAAAACUUGAAGAUUUGCACUUGCCUAAAAAAGAAAUAACAAAAACAACAAAAAAAAUCAAACAAAUGGGGUUAGUUAUAGAAGUGAAUAUUUUUUUGUGAAUGUGUUAUGAAUGACUGUGAGAGUGACUGAUGUGAGAUGGUUGGUUUGUGUCAGUAAUAUACCAGUCUGCACAAUGUUUUUUUUUCUUUGGUUGCUUACCAAGAUGUAUGAAACAUAAGAGGCCAUUUUUGUCUUUUUUUUUUUUCUUUUGUUCGAAUGGUAAUUUUGUAUUCUCAUGUUCAGAGAGUGUGUGUGUGUGUGUCCCUUCUCCAAACAGGGACUUGAUCUCCAUGUUUUGAGAGAGUGAAUGAAUGAGAGAGAGAGAGAGGGCAAUUGCACAACACAUCCUUUCUCUCACCAGCUCUUCAUCCCCAGAUAGACGAAAUAGAAAUGCAUACAUUUGUAAAUGUCAGCUUUUGCGCUCAUCACAUGAUGACCACCACUAGUUUAUUUCCCUUGGCUUCUCCCCAUGGGGAGCUGUCUCUAGAUCUGUGUGGACUAGUAGACAGGGCGAAUCAUGAGGGACAUUACUGUGUGUGCAUCUGAGUGAGACUUUGUGUUUGUGUGUGUGUGUGUAUGUGUGUUUUCAGAGUGCAUGUUCAUUUACUGUUCAUAGAAAUGAGUUAAGACUACAGGUACUCAUUUUGAAUACAUGUGCUUUUUUUGUAUGUGUAUGAAUGCACAUUUGUGCCUAAGAACUUGGAUAGGGUGCGUGGCCAUUGAGACAUUAACUCUUUUUUGAGAGCAAGUGUGACGUGUGUCAGUGCUCAGCACAGUGUAUGUAAAGUAUGUAAGUUUAUAUCGUAAAUAUUUCUAGUUCAGUCUAGGGGUGAUCCAUCGGAAGGUUAGUCCAGUCUGUUUUCCUGGGGUGUGAUCACGUUGCCUUUUGUCAGCUCUCGAACUUGUGAAUGAAAGGUGUCGAGUUUCUGACUCUGAAAAAAAAAAAAAAAAAAUACAGCAUCUUAAUGUGCAACUGCACAGAACGGUGCAUGAAAUGUUAGCAUAUUGUGUUACUUAUUCGUUGUUGCAAUUUGAUAAUGACGAGUUUUCUUUUUUUUUAAUGAAAAAUAUAUAUGAAUAUAUACAUUAUAUACAAAGUUUAAAAAGUAUUUGGACUAAGAUAAUGAGCACUUGGGGCUGCUAUUUUUGUUGUGUUUUUAAUUUUUUUUUUCCUUAAUUUGUUUUUCAUUUUUGGUUCGCCAUGUGAAGUGUGUGUAUUAUUUCUUUCUUAAGAAAAUAUUGAAUGUAUUCCAAAAAAAAUGACAAGAAACCCUUGCUGAUACCAGAUAUUAUUUUUUUUUCCUCAGAAGAUUUCAAAAAUGGAAACAAAAUACAAAAAAGCUUCAAAGAGUUUAGCGAGGUCUUUUUUUUUUCCUAUUUUUUUUUUCCACGGUGGAGAAAAAAAAAACUCGGGAUGGAUACAGUUGAACACACUGCCUCUACAAUCCUGGUCGUACAAAUAGUGACUAAGAAUUCAAAGAAAGGACUCUUUCUAUUCCAUACUGGAGCUUUGGUUGUUUACAAACCACAUGGAUAUCUGUGGGUGCAGUUUUGUUUUUUUUGUUUUUGUUUUUUUUGAAUUUUUUUUUCCUUUUUGUUCUAAGAAAAGACGGGUGGGGUUUGCAAGUGCGCUUCUGCCAUAUGGACAUUGAGUGGGGUUGUUUCUUUUUUGUUUUGUUUUUUUUUUGAGGAAGAGUGGCAGGCAUCACAACAACAUGGACAAGAUCCUCUAACUGGACCAUUGUGUGUGGUUGUGGAUCCUGAGGCUCGAUGAUCAACCGUGGAGCGAGGCGGGAAAAUCAAGGAUUGGCUGUGUUUUGUGGAGAACGGAGUGCAGGGCUGCAUAACCCUAGAGGGAACUGAGAGGGCGAUGAGUACACCUGGUCCGUGCACUUGUCUUCACCUCAACCCUCAUGAGCACUCACACCCUGCCCUCACCAACUCACCUAUGCACUUUUGUUCAUUCAAGCUGUGAGGUACCAUUUUGGGGAUGGGAGCACAAUUACAACAGGAGGAUUGCUACGACUUUGACAAAGUCACUGAAAAGAUAUUCCCAAACUGAAAUAAGAAACUCGAGAAGCACGUCUUCUCCCACCUCCUGUAUAUAACCAUAUUUUUGUAUCACCUUUGAGAGUAGAAAGAAAAUUUGCAAAUGGAUGAAGGAAAAUUCAUGAGACAUUGAUUACAUGGAGUGAAUGUUCUUCAAGAAAACCAAUCUUUUGGAAAAUAGUUUCAGAUAGACUCGCUGUGAGUUUCCCAUAGUUUGCCAGUACCCCUGAAAAAAAUCGGGCAUGGAAGGGAAAACCACAUGGACUGGUGCUGGACAUGCUACAGUGUCUCCGAGACUGACUGAUAGUUACUUAUCACAGUGGACGUUGCAGUGGCUACAAAGCUCCGCCAAGAGUGUUUGAUCAACAUACUCAGUAAAGAACCAGACAUGGGUUAGAAGAACUUUUGGCAAGGAUGCUUCCACUUCGUCUCCCAAUCUGGUGACUGCCAUGAGAGCUGUAGUGUGACUGCAGGAGGACAAAUCCUUGGCAUUGGCGUCUGGCUGUGCUUUAUUUGCUGCCCUCUACAAGGAGGAUCUAAUCUACAGCCAACCCAUGAACCAGUUAACCCUAAACCUGUCCUUUGAACUUAAACCCUAAGAAACUUUUCUGUCUUGACCUCAGACUGGGCAGGCCAUUGACAUUAUCAGUUGGACAGUUACCAGAUGAAGUUACAGGUUUAUCGACCAUGGAUCCCAUCUGUGUUGGAAGUGUUAGGUUCGGGCAUUUGAUCAGGCGCUCUCCGACGAGGAAGAGGAUAAAGAGACACAAAUUGCCCAGACGUCAUCAUCCACCUCAGCCUGAAACUCUCGGUUGGGCGCGUGGAGGUUUUCUACCCAGCGUGAUAGAGAACCUGCCCUCCUGCCCAGACGUCAGAGACAGAGAGCUGGGUUGGGUUUCGGUGGAUGUGGCUGGAUUACAUCUAAGCCAAUAGAAAUCCAUGCAGCUGUGGAACUGGAUGAACUGAAAGAAUUGUACAAAAAAAAAAAAAAAAAGACUUUGAAACAUAACAAAACACAAACACGUAGCUACAUGUCACAUAGAUUCUAGAGUCCAAAGGAGUGGCAGACACUACAUGCAAAAGAAA